AUGCUCGAAGCAAUGUUUCAUGUCAAGAUCAAUGGGCCAGCAUUGGGAAGUCCAAAGAUGGAAUCCCUAUUGAAACAAGCAGUUGAUAAAUGGCUCAGCAAAAAAAAUAGAAAGAAGCUCCCAAGCAGACAACAUGCCCCUCUCACUACCACAGAAGCUCCCCUUCCUGUACCCAUUCCAAAAGAGGUAGCUGAUGUUUCCAUCCAAACAGUUUCUGUUGAAGAAGAUGAUGUUAUUUCUAUCCAAGCAGACGCUGUUGAAGAAAAUGCCCUUUAUGAGGUUCAGCAUCAGGUUGAGGAAGUUUCCACUCUCCUAGACAUCUCAAAUGGACUGCCAGACAGCGAGGAUUAUGACAGUGCAUUUGAAUCUGACUCUGGUUUCUAA